AUGGAGGCGAAGCAGAUGAGGUUUCUUACUCACCAAGCUUUCUUCUCCUCCGUUCGAUCAGCUGACCUCAACCAACUGGAAGAAUUAGUCGAUAAGUUAACCGGAGAUGAGCUAAUUGAGGAGUCAUCGCCGUCUGCUGCGGUGGCUGAGCUUAUGUCUGUGCAAAACGACGCCGGAGAAACCGCCUUGUAUAUCGCCGCCGCGGAGAAUCUGGAAGAGAUUUUCAGUUACUUGAUUAGGUUUUGUAGUUUGGAAACAGUGAAGAUCAGAUCCAAAUCCGACAUGAACGCGUUUCACAUCGCCGCCAAACGAGGACACUUGGGGAUAGUGAAGGAGCUACUGAGUCUAUGGCCGGAGCUCUGCAGAAUCUGCGACGCUUCAAACACGAGCCCGCUUUACGCAGCCGCGGUUCAAGAUCACUUAGAGAUAGUAAACGCGAUGCUAGACGCUGACCCGAGCUGCGCGAUGGUCGUUCGAAAGAACGGGAAAACAUCGCUGCACACGGCGGGAAGGUACGGUCUGCUUCGGAUUGUGAGAGCUCUUAUAGAGAAAGACUCAGCCAUCGUCGGUGUCAAAGACAAGAAAGGCCAAACAGCUCUUCACAUGGCAGUAAAAGGACAAAACGUUGAAGUAGUCGAAGAGAUUUUGCAGGCAGAUUACGGUAUAUUGAACGAUAGAGAUCGUAAAGGGAACACCGCGUUGCAUAUCGCUACUCGAAAAUCGCGGCCACAGAUAACGAGCUUGUUGCUGACGUUUACGGCGAUUGAAGUGAACGCGGUUAACAACCAGAAAGAAACCGCGAUGGAUUUGGCGGAUAAGCUUCAAUACAGCGAAUCAGCUUUGGAGAUCAACGAGGCGGAUAAGCUUCAAUACAGCGAAUCAGCUUUGGAGAUCAACGAGGCUUUAGUGGAAGCCAAUCAUGACGUCUUGUGCGGUUUGGGCAAGGUGAUUGGCUUUGUCCGGCGAUUGCACGGCUCACCUCGCCCAUACACGGUUUGGGCGAGGUGAUUGGCUUCGUCCGGGUUUUGCACGGUUCACCUUGCCCGUGCACGGUUU